AAGAGGCGCGGGAGCCCCAGCCAGGGUCCGGCCCUCGGGCCCCGGGCCUGGCGCGGGAAAGGGCUGUGGAGCUGCGGGGAGGCAAGAUGACUUCUCUCCCCCAAGCUUGGAACAGCUGAAGGAAACCACGGAGCAAGAUGAGAACAACAAAGGUCUACAAACUUGUCAUCCACAAGAAGGGCUUUGGGGGCAGUGAUGAUGAGCUAGUCGUGAAUCCCAAAGUGUUUCCUCACAUCAAACUUGGAGAUAUUGUGGAGAUUGCUCAUCCUAACGAUGAAUACAGCCCUCUGCUUUUGCAAGUCAAGUCACUUAAGGAAGAUUUACAGAAAGAAACUAUCAGUGUAGACCAGACUGUAACUCAAGUUUUUCGUCUAAGACCUUAUCAAGAUGUUUAUGUGAAUGUUGUAGACCCUAAGGAUGUGACCCUUGACCUAGUGGAAUUAACCUUUAAGGAUCAGUAUAUUGGCCGAGGAGAUAUGUGGCGACUGAAGAAAAGUUUGGUCAGCACAUGUGCCUAUAUCACACAGAAGGUGGAAUUUGCUGGCAUUAGGGCACAGGCUGGUGAGCUGUGGGUCAAGAAUGAGAAGGUCAUGUGUGGUUACAUCAGUGAAGAUACCAGGGUGGUGUUCCGUUCUACAUCGGCUAUGGUUUACAUAUUUAUUCAGAUGAGCUGUGAAAUGUGGGAUUUUGAUAUUUAUGGAGAUCUAUAUUUUGAGAAAGCUGUGAAUGGUUUCCUUGCUGAUCUCUUUACCAAGUGGAAGGAGAAGAACUGUAGUCAUGAAGUGACAGUGGUCCUAUUUUCUAGAACUUUCUAUGAUGCAAAAUCUCUUGAUGAAUUUCCUGAAAUCAGCCGAGCUUCAAUUCGACAAGAUCAUAAAGGUCGAUUCUAUGAAGACUUUUAUAAGGUGGUGGUACAGAAUGAGAGGAGAGAAGAGUGGACUUCACUCCUUGUGACCAUUAAAAAACUCUUCAUCCAGUAUCCAGUGUUGGUGCGACUGGAACAGGCAGAGGGCUUUCCUCAAGGAGAAAAUUCUACCUCAGCACAGGGAAACUACCUAGAGGCCAUCAAUCUGUCAUUCAAUGUGUUCGACAAGCAUUACAUCAACCGCAACUUUGAUCGAACUGGACAGAUGUCAGUGGUGAUCACGCCUGGAGUGGGUGUGUUCGAAGUGGACCGCCUGCUCAUGAUCUUGACCAAGCAGCGGAUGAUAGACAAUGGAAUUGGUGUAGACUUGGUGUGCAUGGGGGAACAACCGUUACAUGCUGUCCCCUUAUUCAAGCUGCAUAAUCGCAGUGCCCCUCGUGAUUCUCGUCUGGGUGAUGACUAUAAUAUUCCUCACUGGAUAAACCACAGUUUCUACACAUCCAAAAGCCAGCUCUUUUGUAACAGUUUCACCCCACGAAUAAAACUGGCAGGAAAGAAGCCUGCCUCUGAGAAAGCAAAAAAUGGCCGUGAUACCUCUCUUGGGACUCCAAAAGAAUCUGAGAACGCCCUUCCCAUCCAAGUCGAUUAUGAUGCCUAUGAUGCCCAAGUGUUCAGGCUUCCUGGACCUUCCCGGGCUCAGCGCCUCGCCACCUGCAGGUCUGUGCGAGAGCGCGAGAGUCAUAGCCGAAAGAGUGUCAGCUACUGUGAUGUCUCGUCCAGCCCUUCCCUGGCCAGCCGUGCGCUGCCGCCUGAGGAAGUAAGGAGCCAGGCUUCUGAUGACAGUUCACUGGGCAGGAGUGCCAACAUCCUGAUGAUCCCCCAUCCCCACCUACACCAGUAUGAAGUCAGCAGCUCCUUGGGCUACACCAGCACUCGAGCAGAUGCCCUGGAGAACAUGAUGGAGCCACCACAGCGAGACUCCAGUGCACCAGGGAGGUUCCACGUCGGCAGCGCAGAAUCCAUGCUACAUGUUCGACCUGGAGGAUACACGCCCCAGCGGGCGCUGAUUAACCCUUUUGCCCCCUCACGAAUGCCCAUGAAGCUCACAUCCAACAGAAGGCGCUGGAUGCACACUUUUCCUGUAGGACCAUCCGGAGAGGCCAUCCAGAUCCAUCACCAGACCCGGCAGAAUAUGGCGGAGCUGCAGGGCAGCGGGCAGAGGGACCCUACUCACUCCUCUGCGGAGCUGCUGGAGUUAGCGUAUCAUGAAGCUGCUGGAAGGCACAGCACUUCCCGCCAACCUGGUGACGGCAUGUCCUUCUUGAACUUCAGUGGAACAGAAGAUCUUUCUGUCAGCCUGCUUAGCAACAGUGGUGCAGGUAUGAAUCCUAGGACCCAGAAUAAAGAUUCUCUUGAAGACAAUGUUUCUACCUCUCCAGAUCCAAUUCUGACACUGUCUGCUCCCCCUGUAGUGCCAGGCUUCUGUUGCACAGUGGGAGUGGACUGGAAGUCUCUCACUACUCCGGCGUGCCUCCCCCUCACCACCGACUACUUCCCCGACCGCCAGGGCCUGCAGAAUGACUACACAGAGGGCUGUUACGACCUCCUCCCGGAAGCGGACAUGGACAGGAGGGAUGAAGAGGGUGUGCAGAUGACAGCCCAGCAGGUGUUUGAAGAGUUUAUAUGCCAGCGGCUCAUGCAGGGCUACCAGAUCAUAGUGCAGCCAAAGGCACAGAAACCAAACCCCGCUGUCCCGCCCCCGCUGAGCAGCAGCCCGCUCUAUAGCCGAGGCCUCGUGUCCCGAAACCGCCCUGAGGAGGAGGACCAGUACUGGCUGAGUAUGGGCAGAACUUUCCACAAAGUGACGCUGAAGGAUAAGAUGAUCACAGUGACACGAUACCUGCCCAAGUAUCCUUAUGAAUCUGCCCAGAUUCACUACGCCUACAGCCUCUGCCCUUCCCACUCAGACUCGGAGUUUGUCUCUUGUUGGGUGGAGUUCUCCCAUGAACGGCUGGAGGAGUACAAGUGGAAUUACCUAGAUCAGUAUAUCUGUUCUGCUGGCUCCGAGGACUUCAGCUUAAUCGAAUCUCUGAAGUUCUGGAGGACCCGCUUCCUGCUGCUGCCAGCCUGUGUCACUGCCACCAAGCGCAUCACGGAAGGGGAGGUUCACUGUGACAUCUAUGGGGACAAGCCUCGGGCAGACGAGGAGGAGUGGCAACUCCUGGAUGGCUUCAUCCGCUUUGUGGAGGGCUUAAACCGGAUCCGCAGGCGCCAUCGCUCAGAUCGCAUGAUGAGGAAAGGGACUGCUAUGAAAGGCUUGCAGAUGCCUGGACCCAUUUCCACACACCCUCUUGAGUCAACUGGACCUCCGGUUGGGAAGAAGGGAACCUCAGCUCUGUCUGCCCUGUUGGAGAUGGAGGCCAGUCAGAAGUGCCUAGGAGAACAGGCAGCUGUGCAUGGUGGCAAGAGUUCCGCCCAGCCAGCUGAGAGCAGCAGCAGCGUUGCCAUGGCUCCCUCCUACGUGGAUAGCCCACGAAAGGACGGGGCCUUCUUUAUGGAGUUUGUCCGCAGCCCACGCACAGCAUCAUCUGCCUUCUACCCGCAGGUGUCUGUGGACCAGACGGCUGCCCCACUGUUGGACAGCUCCAGUUUGGGGAUAAGCACAGGUCAACCUGCGGACAGAGGCAGCAGCCAGACAUUUGGGAAUUCCCAGACCUCAGGAGAACAAGGCUUCCCCUCCACAAACCCUAGUGAUAACAGCUCUCAGCAGCAGAUGGCAAGCUCCUUGACAUCAUCCUCCACCCUGGUGGAGAUCCUGGAAGCCAUGAAGCACCCCUCGACAGGAGUCCAGCUGCUCUCUGAACAGAAGGGCCUCUCACCGUGCUGCUUCAUCAGUGCAGAGGUGGUGCACUGGCUGGUCAACAACGUGGAGGGGGUCCAGACGCAGGCGAUGGCCAUCGACAUCAUGCAGAAAAUGCUGGAAGAGCAGCUUAUCACCCACGCAUCUGGUGAAGUCUGGCGGACCUUCAUCUAUGGCUUCUAUUUCUACAAGAUAGUAACGGACAAAGAACCUGAUCGAGUGGCCAUGCAACAGCCCACCACCUGGCACACGACAGCAGUAGAUGACUUCGCCAGUUUCCAGCGCAAGUGGUUUGAGGUGGCCUUUGUGGCUGAAGAGCUCUUGCACUCCGAGAUUCCUGCCUUCCUCCUGCCCUGGCUGCCCAGCCGGCCAGCCUCCUAUGCAAGCAGGCACAGCUCCUUUAGCCGUAGCUUUGGAGGACGGAGCCAGGCAGCCGCACUCUUAGCUGCCACUGUCCCAGAGCAAAGGACCGUAACCUUGGAUGUCGACGUGAACAACCGCACAGACAGGCUGGAGUGGUGCAGCUGUUAUUACCAUGGCAACUUCUCCCUGAAUGCAGCCUUUGAGAUCAAACUUCACUGGAUGGCAGUGACCGCUGCAGUGCUCUUUGAGAUGGUCCAAGGUUGGCAUCGAAAAGCCACCUCCUGUGGCUUUUUGUUGGUCCCGGUAUUGGAGGGUCCCUUUGCACUGCCCAGUUAUCUGUAUGGUGAUCCACUUCGAGCCCAGCUCUUCAUCCCCCUCAACAUCAGCUGCUUGCUCAAGGAGGGCAGCGAGCACCUGUUUGAUAGCUUUGAACCAGAAACGUACUGGGAUCGAAUGCACCUUUUCCAGGAAGCCAUUGCACACAGGUUUGGGUUUGUCCAAGAUAAAUAUUCUGCCUCUGCUUUUAACUUCCCCGCUGAGAACAAGCCUCAGUACAUCCACGUGACAGGAACAGUGUUCCUGCAGCUGCCCUACUCCAAGCGCAAGUUCUCGGGGCAGCAGCGGCGGCGGCGGAACUCCACCAGCUCCACCAGCCAGAACAUGUUCUGUGAGGAGAGGGUCGGCUACAACUGGGCCUACAACACCAUGCUGACCAAGACCUGGCGCUCCAGCGCCACGGGGGACGAGAAGUUCGCCGAUCGGCUGCUGCGGGACUUCACGGACUUCUGCAUCAACCGUGACAACCGCCUGGUCUCAUUCUGGACCAGUUGCUUGGAGAAGAUGCAUGCCAGCGCCCCGUGAGGCCAGCCCACGCUGGGUCAGGAGGAUGGGGCCAGAUGUGGUCUCGCUAUUGAUAUUCAAUAGGAUCAGUCAGACUCUGGGCGUCCAACGUCAGUUUGCCACUAUUGGUGAGAGGGGGCCGUUGCUGCUACUGCUUCCCCCAACAAGUGUUCUUCCACUGGAAGAGAAAGACUUGGGAAACUGCUAGUGCCAAGAGCAGGUGGGAGGCCCAGAUGGUCCGUGGGAGGGCUUUAGUACUGGGGAAGGGGGCACGCAGCCCCCUGAAUGUCCUCAGAGGGGGUGGCUCCUGUGAGCAUCCCUUCCCUCUACCAUCCGUGGAGGUGGAGCAGAAUCUGCCGCUUCCUGACCAGAAGUGCGCACAGGAUGUAAGAUAAUUUUGUGAAAUAAUGUACCAUAGGCUCACAGCAACUGUACAUACCUGUAUAUAGCAAAGUAGGAGUAAAGUGCCAUGGGCAGCAUCUCUGGCCCCAGCCUGGUUCCUGGCAGCAACAGUCCCAUCCUCAGCUGGGCAGUCUAGUCCCUUUGCUGGGACUGUAGUGACAAAUAAGGCAGCUGCAAAUGGUGAGGAGGACUCUAGGAUUCAGUGUUUGGCUGUGAGUUUCCGGCAAGAUGUCUUUCUCAUCUCAUCUCAUCCAUGCUGCAGGGAGCAUGGAUGGUUUGUGUAGCCCCAGUGAGCAGGCAGCAUAGCAUACUAGCAGACGGCAGGCUUGUGCUGGCAGAGGUGAAUCUCGUUGAUGGAGCGAGCCCAGCUGUGGCACGCAGACCUCCUGGCAUGGGGAAGAACUCCAAGGAAAACCUCUAUUGACUCUGAGGGUUAGGACCCUCUCCUUAACCCGACGAGACAGCUCAGGGCCUCAACUUCAGUGCCCUGCCCUCACCUACUGAGGCGGUAGGGCAAAGGGAGUAGAUGGUUAUCAACUCUUCCUCCCCGUCUAGUGCCACACAGUGCUAAUGAAAAGCCCUGUCAACAUACUUCCACAGCAGCUAGUGAAUCCAUCCACGUCUUCCCAGGCCCUCUGCUGCCAUCUAAGCUUAGCCCUCGUCCACCUUUGUUGUCUUCUGCAUCUUACAUGACUAGGAGAGCCUUCAGCUCAUCUUUGCUUUUUCUUCAGGCAGUCAGAACCAUUUUGAAAAACUGCUCUGAUGGUGCCUGAGUCAUAGAAGGCACUUUUUGCUGUUGAGAAAUGAGAUGAUUAAGGCCCAGACCUGUGCCUUAGGUCACCCUGUGUGGGUGGAGAGAAGUGUAGUUGGCCCAAUAAGACAGGAGCCUUAGAGCAAAGGGCUCCAUGACCAGGCUAGAGCCACCUGCCUCAGGCUGUAGGUGGAAUCAGAAUGAGGACCCAGUUCUCUGGCUCCCAGCCCCGUGCCUUUCCAGACAUUGGGCUGCAGUCAGUAGCGUGGUAAGGAGGGCAGGCUCAAGAGGCAGGUGGCCAAAUUCAGUUUCUAGCACGGCCACUUGCCAGUGUGUGACCCUGAGUAAAGUCAGAGCUUCCAUUUCCUCAUCUCUAAAGUGAGAUGGGAAUGCCACCUGAUGGGGUCAUGAGCAGCACAGGAGAGACAGUGGGUAGAGAGCUUAGUGCAUGGGAUGUUGUGCUCCACUAAGUAUUAGCCAUUACAAUGAUAAUGCCCUAAAUUCUGAACCCCGGGAGUUUAGAGAAGGGACUCAUCAGAGGGCUGGAGUGAAUAAGGUAACAAGGGAGUAGUCUGGAGCCUGUGGGAUUUGUAGGAGUUGGGCUGACUAAGACAGGGCCCAGUGCCCCCACCCCAACUCCAUACCCUCACCCUGCCGGGCCUAGAGGGCUGUAGACUAACUGACCACUGUGGUCUUUCACCUUAUCCGGGUCCCAAGAACAUCUGCUGGGAGAUGUUUUUUUACCCCCCCAUUAAGUUUUUCUUUUUUUGCCCAGCAGAUGUGCCACAUUGCCAAGAGCAAGAAGGGUGGCUUUGCCCCUCUGCCCGCUGCCCACAUUCCUGGCUCUUCUGAACAGAGUGCUUGUUGCCUGGGCAGGGGCUAGGCAGCUCUGGAGAGAUUUCUCAGCUUUGUGGUUCUGCUUGAGGUGCACACAGGUCCUAGAAAACCGGGCACAGCACCAGUCAGCCUCCUGGAUGUAGAAGUUAGCCUGGGGUGAGGAACCACACAGGAUGGCCUGAUGGGAACAGAAACAAGGUAGAAUAAUGCCUUCCUCUACGAAAGGAACUUGAAAUUAACUGGAAAACCUUCAGAGCAGAAGUGGUAGCCAUCUUAGUCCCUCACCAUAAUUCUCCAGUGCUCCCAUGAGUAAGAACUCACUUACAUCACCAAUACCAGGCUUGUCCCUCCUGCCCACCCCCUCACCACCACCCCCAUCCACACCAUGAUUCUGAUUCAGGAGUCCUGGGAUCUUGCACUGUAAAUAGACAGUGAUUCUGCUAUCACCUAUCCAUUUGAGAAACCCUGCCCCAGAUUUCUUCUCUGGACUUCUUCCUGCUUACUUUACCUGGAAAUCUGAUUCUCAGACCGAAGCAGAUGAGAAACCACACACUGGAAGGUCACAUGGCAGAGGCAGAGAGCACGGCAGCAGAGGGAAUGAGCAGCUGAAGGCACAGUGGCAAGCAAGGGGAGCAGCUGAAGAAUUACUGAGGCACCAGGCCACCACAGGCUGAGCAGCUGGGCUGGCAACUGCCAAGUACUAUGUUGGAUAAGCAUAGAAACCCCAAUCUCAUCUGGGGGAUCUUUCAAAAUAAUGAAAAUGGAGACUCCGGGUAUUACAAGAACAUCAUAUAUGCCUGUGGCACUAAGGAAAUCUGUGAGGCAUUGCUAAAGGGAUAGGAAAUUGCGGCAGAGAAAGCUAAAUAGAAGCCAAUUUACAGGCCUCCUCAGUUACCCCCCUAAGUUUCAGAUACAUGAUAUAACAAUGGUUGCUCCAUUUCUUGAGCAUUUCCUGUGUUCCGGGCAAUGUAGCUACUUUAUAUAUAAUCUUCCCUUUGUGUCCUCUUGCCAACCCCCCUCAUAUCAGAUGAGGGGGAGAAGACUCCAGGAGGUGGAGCCCAAGGCCACGCAGCUGACAGAGAGCUGGGAAUCAGCUCUGUGGGGCUGUGGACUCCAGCCUCCACCCAUUGUGCUGUCCCCCUCGCCUGGUGCUGCCCUCUCAGUGAGGUCCCACCCACUCUCUGUCCUGAGGGCAGGCUCCCUCUCUUCCUUUCAGCUGACUUUUCCAGGUGUGGCACAGACACCAUAUCACAGGUCCGCAUGGAUUCACAUUUAUGUUCUGUGGUAGGGAGCAGUGGCCCUUCUGAAAGCCUCUCUCCCGGGCUGCUAUCUGGAAGCCACUGCCUGCUCCUUCACUCUGGCCCAUAGCUAUCGACUUUGGUUUACAAGUGCUUCGGGCAGCUUCCAGCCUUCUCACUUGCCCUAAGCCUGGCCUGGUAUGUGUGGGCUGUGGGGGCAAAGCAAGUGCCAAGUACACCAGUCCUACCAGCCUGUAGGGUUGACCUCCAUCUGCUGCAGUGCUGUUUCCUCCAUGAGUCAGCAUAUCAUCCUUGCAAGAAGAAAAUGUCCCCCCUCAUGGGGGCAACGGGAAGUGGGGAGUCACUGGGGGAUCCCCUGCAAACCCUUUCUCAGCCCUGGUGUUUUUGUCUGAACUUGCCUGCAGUAAUUCUUGGUGAAACCUCAGGGACCACAAGGUUGCAGACCUUUCCCAUUCUCAACUGAUGAGAAAGCCGAGUGCUGGGAGCGAGUGAAGUCCCCGGGCAGCUCGUGGCGGUUGUGACUGGAAUUGAGUUUUCUUACCUCCUCUCUGCACUUUGAGUUAUACCAGUUUCUCCCCUUUAAUCCUCAGUGUCUCUUAAGAAACAGAAAUUUUUAUUUUUAAGCCCAUGGCAUCCUCAGAGAGAAACAUUUUCCUAAUACCUUUGAUGUCCAUCCAGCCCUUGUAGUUCACAUUCUGGGUCCUCCCCACAGUCAGAGGGCAUCUGGUGGGCACGAUUGGGUGCUGUCGUGGGAAAGGGCCCCUUCCCCAAGGGGAGACAUCCUGCCUCUUCUCAAGCUGUGUUUCCCCGGAACCUGAGUAGACACAACCUUGAUGGAGUCAGCAGGACUCUGCCAGGGCAGACAUACAAAGUUGUUCUGAUGCCAUCUUAGAACACACCCACCCCUUUCCAGGUCCCUGGACACAGUGCUGGAGAACUGGGAGCUAGCCAGGGGUUCUCCGCUGGGGGCGAUUUUGACCCUCAAGGGACA